GUAUUGACGACACCACUUUCUCUCAGCUCCAUCCUCACCAUCUCCAUCUUCCACUCUCCCGCCGCCGUCAAAAUGGUGUUGGUACAGAAUUGGCUUCCUCCCUCCAAGGAGAAUUGGGAACUUGUCGUCUGGGGUUUCCAAUUCUUCCCUCUUGUACGUAUUACCAUGUACCACCCUCUCAAGUCAAAUGGAGACUAAUUGAGACAAACAGAUCACAAUCUUCCAAUGGACAAGCACAUAUUACCCCGCCGGAAAAACGUCUGUUGAAUCGCGUCUCAAUAUCCCCGGAAAAAUCGCCUGGAUCACCAUGGAAGUCCCAGGUUUCUUGACGCUGUUGUAUGUCAUGAGUACCUUGCCAAAAGAACUCGGAAUCAAAGAGUUACCAUGGGAGAAUAUAAUAAUGGGAUCUUUAUUCGUAUGUCUUUUCGAAUACCAAUUUCAAUCCAAUACAAAAACAAAUUGAUACUAAUUGCUGUACAACAGGUUAUCCACUACCUCUACCGGGCCAUCAUCAACCCCCUCCUCAACCCCUCAAUGUCUCCAAUUCACCUCCUCAGCUGGUCCCUAGCAAUCGCCUUUCAACUCUCCAACGGCCUCUCAAUCGGCGGCUACCUCGCGGGCUACGGCCCCCUAACCCGCUCGGACUGGUACAACCAUUCCACCCACACAGCCCCCUACAUGCCCGCCGCCAUCAUGGAACUAGGCUUCAUGAUCUGGGGACUCGGACUAGCAGGAAACAUCUACCACGACGACGAACUACGAGAAAUCCGCCGCGCCGCCCAACGAAAACUCGACAAGAAAUUGCAAGAAGCCGGUGAUGACAAAGGGAAGAGACAGGGGGUAAGUAAAGUAUACAUGAUCCCCCAAAACGGCAUGUUCCGAUGGAUUUUCUUCCCCCAUUAUUUGUGUGAGUGGACUGAAUGGGGCGGGUACUGGAUUAUGGCCGGCUGGGGAGCGACGCCUAUGAGGACCUUUUUGGUGAAUGAGAUUACGACGAUGUUGCCACGUGCGAUUGCGGGGAGGAAAUGGUAUCUUGCGCGCUUUGGGGAGAAGGAGGUUGGGGGAAGGAAGGCGAUUAUUCCGGGUUUGAUUUAGAUUACAUGGUUGGGUAUUGAAAAGGGGGCGUAAGAUUGGGGCUUUGGUGGGAAUGGGAUUAGGUACUUCAAAUGCUAUUCUCAAAUAGUUGGACCUAUUUGGGGAAACAUUUCACUAUGCUCUUGCCAGUCUCCCAUCCCACCUUUCAAACAAACAACCUCGCUUACCACUCAACUCUCACACCCCUUAAGCGUCGAUACCUAUCCCCGAAAUCUAACCACCAAAACCACCCCAAGAAACCAAGUCUUCCCCCGAUUCGAAUACGAUCUUAAUCCUCAUACCUAGACCCUAGAAGCUAAAUGAACUCCAACAUCUGCACACUAAGAAGCAGCGAGUAUAUCUACACACCAGUAAUGUCGAAGAAUUACGGUAUAAUCCCACCACCUAACGAUCCACAAACCCAUUCCAGCCGUGCGAUGCGAAGCUUUUGCAUUAAUCUAUAUGAAUGACCUCGCCUCUUACUGUAAGAUGUCAUUCCAUACCCGGUUCUAUCUAUAGAGGGUCUGGACUGCUAGGAUCUUUCCCCCUCCCUGGUCACUCCCUACUAUACCCCCACAUGAAUCGGAAAAUACAAUUGGCUCAUAGGGUUACAUAGUGGAGUUACAUGCUACCUACAUCAAAUCAUAUACAUUGCUGGGGGCGACGCGAGCCAUACAGACCCUCGACAAAAUCUCACAUAAUUUACUCAAACUCAUACCCCCGCCAGUUACUACAGCCGUCCUCAAUGAAAUGUCGAAUUCCUUCCAGUACCAUAAAAACCCCGCACGAGACCGGACGAACGACGGAAUCUUCGGACGAAAAACACAUCCCUAUCCCAAAAGCCGCGGACAAAACCCAGAAAUUAUUAUCCGGGAUUCCGGGUGGAAAAGUGCGAUGUGCAACUUUUCUUUGCGACAUUUUUAUGCUGCUUUUGGAAGAUUUUAGUGUGGAAGUGUGGCCUGGUGGUGGGUAGGGGUGUGAGGAUUAUGUUUUGUUGGAUUGUUAUAAGGCGCUUUUGGGGUUGUUUUGGUUCUGAGUUUGGUGGUGGGAUGAGUUGAAGGGGCUGGAAGGGG